AUGAGCGACGAUACUUGCGCAAACCCCCUACUUCUGGGAUGGAUCAAAGAAUGGCUGGAUCAGGCCCGGGAGCGUAAUACCAAAGGUGUCACUGUGUACAAAAAGGCAUAUGAGUCGAUGAAGGCUUGCCCCUUGGAAUUCCAGCAUCCCUCAGAAGCCCAGCAACUCAACGGCCUUGGCCCUAAGUUAUGUGAACGGCUCACGGAUAAACUAAACGAAUACUGCAAUGAGCAUGGACUUCCUAUGCCCGAGGAUCCACGUAUUGCAAAGGCAGGGAAGAGGAAAUCCACCGGUGCUGAUACUGAAAGCCAACCAGCAAAGAAGACUCGGAAGCCCAAGACGUACGCGCCUGCUUUACGAUCUGGACCUUAUGCUUUGAUACUUGCCCUGGGCAGUCUCGAUGAGAACUUGAAUCAGAGCAUGACCAAGGCGCAGCUGAUUGAGAAAGCUCAGCCGUAUUGUGACACCUCGUUCACUGCGCCUAGCGAUCCGACUAAGUUUUUCACUGCGUGGAACUCUAUGAAGUCAUUGCUCACGAAAGAGCUCGUCUAUACUCAGGGACAUCCUCUGAAAAAGUAUGCUCUAACUGAGGAAGGAUGGGAGGUUGCAAAAGCUAUCAAGAAGACGGCGCAAAAGUCAAAUCAGAACACAUUGUCGUAUGGCACUCAGUCGGAUGUUACCUCAAAUAACCCUAAUACCGCAGAGAGGGAGAAUUCUGCAAGUCACAAAGUCUCCGAAACUCUACCCUGCCUGGAUAGUCAACGACCUACACUGGACUUUUUGGGAAAUACCACAGACGACCCAACCAUCACACCGAUCUCUAUCCCGCCAGACAGCUUCACGGUUCAGCUAAUCCUUGAUACUCGAGAAGUUCGGACGUCCAAAGAUAGAGACUAUAUCUCCAACGAGCUAAUCCGCAAAGGAAUAACCCCGGAAGUUCGUGCCCUCGAAGUCGGUGACACAAUGUGGGUAGCCAAAUUCCACGACCCAACAUUCCUCCGCAAAUAUGGCGAAGAGGGCGACGAAAUCAUGUUAGACUGGAUUGUCGAGCGCAAACGCCUCGACGACCUCAUCGGCUCCAUCAAAGACGGGCGCUUCCACGAGCAGAAGUUCCGCCUUCGCCGUUCCGGCAUCAAAAAUGUCAUCUACCUCAUCGAAGAAUUCGCAGUAACACAUCAUGAGUCCAAUGCCGCUUCUGCUCAGAAAUAUCACGAAAUGGUUGCGUCUGCUAUUGCCCAGACGCAGGUGGUGAAUGGAUACUUUGUCAAGAGGACCAAGAACCUCGAUGACACCAUUCGGUAUCUAGCACGCAUGACAUUCCUACUGAGGAAUAUGUACGGCGCCUCGCCAUCCUCCUUAUCCCAACCCUCUACACCCUCUCAUACCCUCUCCCUCCUGCAGACACGCCAUCUAUCCCUCUCAACCUCUUACCUCGAAGCUCUCAGCACCCUCCGCACCGAAAAUCCUCACAUCACAUACGGUGUAACCUUCCCCACUUUCUGCGCCAUCGCUUCCAAAUCGGAAGCCCUAACGCUCCGCGAUAUCUUCCUCAAGAUGCUCAUGUGCACCAAGGGAAUCAGCGGGGAAAAGGCACUUGAGAUUCAGCGGGUGUGGCCAACGCCUCAGGCGUUCAUAAGGGCGUUUGAGGAGCUGAGAGACGAUAAGGAGAGGGAGAACAUGGUUGCGGAUCGCAUGGCGCAUGUUAUGGUGGGCAGGAAGAAGAUUGCGAAAAUACUCAGUAAAAAGAUCGCCGAGGUUUGGGGCGGUUUACCUGGAUAG